AUGUCGCCCGAUAUAUGGAUGUGGAGGGCUAAUUCCUCUGGGAUGUAUACUGUUGCUUCAGGUUAUAGAAACUGUGAAUCAUUAUUGGGUCCUGAUAGGAAAGUGACAAGGGAAGUUUGGAACAACUGUGCACCACCAAAAGUUAAAUUCUUUGGGUGGUUGGCUUGGUUAGGCAAGUUGAAAACAUUCAGCUAUCUCCAAAGAAUUGGGAUUUUAGAUGAGGCUGCCAAUAUUUUGAAGUGGUGGGGUGUUCAGUGGGUGAUGCCAAACUCAGUGGAAGGGCUAUUGCAGUGGUGGUCAUUUUGCAAGAUGAAGAAGCUUGAGAAAGUGAUGUGGAAGGCUGUGCCUAUGGCUGUCCUUUGGUCCAUUUGGAAGCAUCGGAAUGAUUGCAUCUUUAAUGGUGCUCAACCAAAUUUAGAAGAUUUAUGUGAGGUUGUCAAAGUAAGAAUCGCCUCGUGGGUAAAAUCCUCCCCAGCCAAAGUGGAGUUCUCCAUUAAUGAUAUAGUUUUUAAUUUGCAGCAGGUUCACUAUUGUUUAAGGCAGGGGAGCUGGGCAUAG